CACGAAGCGUGCCCGUUGCUGCAUGUGGCUGUGGAUUUUGUACGCUGUCAUUUGGUCCGGGGUGAUGUUUUAUCUUGUCUUUUUUGGUGCCGGGCUGUUGAUUGCGACGGCCCCUCGCCUGUUGGAAGACUUUGUCUCGGGUCCACUGGAUUACUUUAAUUCUACCGCGGAAAGAGUGCUUGACUUUGCAUCUGAUUGGUCCACGGGUGAACGCAAGCCGCUUGAUGCCAUUCCUUUGGACCUCUCGGAUUUCACAACCGUCCACGAACAGGCCAUGGGAUUUAUUGCCCUUGCAAGGAGAUAUUACUUCAACUACCUGGAUAAGGUUUCUAUUGCAACGUUCUGUGUAUCAAGUGUGGGUCUUGUUCUGAUCAUCCUCAUUCUGCCAUUUGCAUGCUGCCAUUGCUGCAUUCCGUGUUUUCCACUUAUCCUCUCAUGCCUUUACUGGGUGACAGGAGUUCUUUUUGCGGUGCUUGGAACCGUUGUGAGUGUCUUGGCAUAUGCUACAACCGUGGGCUGUGGAGAGUUGGAGCUGCAAUACACACGUCAGCCGGGAGUUUUCCAGUGGUACGCUGUGCCUUACUGUCAGAGGCAGUUCAAUUUUUCGAACAUCAACAAGAUGAUUCGCGAGAAGGAACUUGAGCUCUCCCGAGAAGCCUGUAUCCAGCUGUUGGGGGUGUGCGAAUCCGUAACGCCGGGGGAGACUGCAGCUGAACCCAUGAAAUUACUUGCGGCUGGUGUUAUUCCUAGUGCUAUUCCCGGUGUAAUUCCGGCUGCUGUUCCUGGUGUUGCUGUUCCUGGUGUUGUUCCUGGAGCCGUUCCAGGAGGUGUUGUUCCCGGAGCUGCUCCAGAAGGUGUUCUUCCCGGAGGUGCUCCAGGAGCUGUUCCUGGUGCUGCUACUGGUGAUGGUGAUUCUGCGGCUAUAGCUGCUCUUGCCCAGUCUGGCGCCCUUUCUGGAAAUGACGGUGCUCCCCUUGACAUCGGCAGUUUGGCGGGAUCGGAUGGUGUUGGGCUGGCUGGUGGGGCUUCCAGUAUUGAGAGCUUUGAGGGUUUGCCUCCCGGAAUUGAUUUGGCCUCCAUCAAAGACAUGCCGGGUGCGUCGGAAAGCAUCAAGAAGGCCUUGGAAAGCCGCAAUAUGUCUGAGGACAUUCUCCGUAUGGCCCCCGGAGGUUUGAACGCCGACUUGCUGAAAAUGUUAAGUAAUGCCACUGCGCUCUCGAAUCUCUUCGCACGUCCCUUGGUGUGCGGCAAAGGGCUCUUAAACGCCAGUGAGUGCGGGGACUUUGGCACCAUGGCAAGUAUUCUGUUGGACACCAAGCUCCAGAAAAACAUUCCGGGCUGCGUAUCCAAAAAUGGCGACUGCACGCUUACUGAUUGUGCGGCGACCUGCACGAUAGAUUUUCUUAAGGAUGCCUCCACGAUGAUCUUGUCGAAGGGGGAAAUGGCCCGCAAUGCGAGUAAUGCGCUUUCGUACGCCAGGCCUUUGCUUGAGUGCAACUUUGUGAUUGAUAAGGUGGCCACUGGUCUGGCGAAGUGUGAUGAUUUGCGGAAAGGACAAUUAUGCUCGGGAUGGGAUUCUUGUGGGGGGGAUGAUCUUUGG